AUGUAAUCUUUUCUUUAGAUUGUUAAUCGAAGUCUUUUAUCCCUCCUUUAAUUCAAUAGAACAAUAACCAUUGCAUAUAAUUAAUUAGAAAUUUGUUCAUUUUAUAAAAAUUUUGGAUUCCCUUCUUGGUUUAAACUUUAUGGCAUUUAUUAAUGCCCAAAAAAUUUAAGUAAAUUUUGGGUUUUAAAAUAUGUAGAUCAAAAAUAUAUAUCUGCAACACCAAGAAGCCACUAGAGAUCUUAUUUAAAUCCGAAAGUCCAUAGAGCAAUUACCUCAACCUGUUCAUAUUGGGAAAAUCCACCAAGAGAAUGUUUCAAAUAGAAGGUUGAAAAGUUAACUAUAACAGAUAAGCUUUAAAAUGCAAGAAAUCCUAUAAAGGGUGAAUAUUAUUUUUUAUUGUAUAAAUUUUCUAGAGAAUCUGCACAAAGUUAUGUUGAAGUCGCUCCAAAUUUAUGUAUUCAUAAUUUUAUAAGAGUGGAAAUGAAAGAAGAACUAAUUGUGAAAAACUUUAAAAUGGCUUUUGAAGAGUGA